CAAACACCGCACCGUGUCUUUAAGACUCUUUCUGAGGCGGUGUUUGCGGUUUCGUCAAGAGACAUUAGGUGGUCCCUCGAGCUCAGAUCAUGUCUAAUCUACAGCUGACUUUUUACGGAUACAAGACGAGCGCUCAUGCCCUGAGGGUUGCAAUCGCUCUCACGCAUGCUCAAGCCCAGUACACGUACCAGGACAUCGACCUCAUUAACCAGCCUGAGUGGUUCGCCGCUAAGAUCAAUCCCGCAGGAAAGGCAUGUCCUCCGUCACCCAGAAACCAUGUCCCCGCCAUCACAAUAGGCGGCCCGCCCGUCCCCCCGGACGAGCCCUCCCCAGAAUCGACGAAGCUCGCCGAGUCUAUCGUCAUCCUCGAGCUCAUCGCGGAUCUGUACCCGUCAUCGGGGCUCAUGCCCGCCGAUCCCAUUCAGCGUGCCAAAGUCCGUUUUUUUACGCAGAUGCAGGCUGACCUGUUCUCGAGCAAAUACGUCGCCUGGUUCAUGUUCGGGAAGAAAGACGGCUGGAAGGAUAUGGUCGAAGGCGCUAGGAAUCUGCAGGCGCUCUUGCCCGAGAGCGGGGAUGGCUAUGCGGUCGGAAACGAGUUGACGAUCGCGGAUUGUGCGCUCGCGCCAUUCUGGGGGAGGACCAGAGUGUGUUUUGAGCAGGGCAUCGGGAGAAUUGACCCGGAGGAGGCGAAACUCCUAAAGGAGGCGAUGGAUGCUCCGGAGAUGGAGAAGUUCAGGGCAUACGCGGAUCGGUUGAUGGCGCAUCCGAGCGUGAAGGAAAACUGGGACGAUGAAGGAGCUGUCGAACGUUCGAAGACCAUCGUCGCUACGUUAAACAGAAGGUUCGGUUCGAAGCGGUGAAUGCUCCAAUCGCAGACGCAGCUCCUUCUCGAUAUUGUUGUACGUACACAUCCCUAAAUGUGUUCUUGCGCCACCAUUUGCUGUAAACUUACUUCGAUUACACACAAUCGGACCUUCGACAGCUUUGGAGAUACCGCGCUACGACUCCACGACUAUACCCGAC